UAGAAAACAAAAAAAAACGAAACCCAGUUUACAUCUGUACAUGCACGAUGUGCUCUUCAUUUAAACCUGUGCGGAACACUUCUCCUGGACCAUCAACAACGACCUCGAAGUCUUGUGAUGCAUUUUUCUCCCCAGAACUAAUACUUUGUAUGGUUUUCACUGCUAUUGCAUUAGGGAUUCAGAUCUCCAACCAACAAAAACCAGAUCUGAUUGAUGUAGUGCAUCUUCCAGAUGAUCCACUCCGGAUUCUUUUGGUUGGAAAAACAGGGGUGGGAAAAAGUGCAACAGGCAACAAAAUCCUGGGAAAAAAGGUUUUCAAAUCAGAGAUAUCAUCCUCUUCUGUGACCGGGGAGUGUGAAAAAUAUCAUGCAAUAAUAAAUGGCAGAAAAGUAUCUGUCAUUGACUCUCCAGGUCUGUUUGACACCAGCCUAACAACAGAGGAAGUGGUCAACAGAAUUAAACUCUGUAUCCCACUCUCUGCUCCUGGUCCACAUGUCUUCUUAGUUGUGAUAAAGCUGGGCAGAUUCACAGAUGAAGAGGCAGAAGCUGUUAGAAUCAUUCAAGCUGUUUUUGGUGAGGAAUCCUCCAAUUACAUCAUGGCACUGUUCACUCAUGGAGAUCGACUGGAGGGCAAAAACAUUCACACUUUUGUGCGGGGCAACCCAAAACUGCUUAAUUUCAUCAAAACAUGCAGUGGACGAUACCAUGUGUUCAACAAUAAAGAACAAAAUCCUGAACAGGUCAUUCAGUUGCUCGACCAGAUUGAUAAAAUGGUCACAGGGAAUGGUGGGCAAUACUACACCAGUGAGAUGCUUGAAAGGGUAGAAAGAGAAAUUGAGAAAGAGAAACAACGAAUCCUGAAGGAGAAUGAGGAGCAGAGAAGGAGGGAGAUAGAAGCUCUGAGGGCUCAACUUCAGGAUGAGGCCUAUGAAAAAGCAUUAGUAAAGUUAAACAAUAAAUAUGAAGAGGAGGCAAGAAUCAAAGCAGAGAUUGACUUUCCAUACUUGUUCCACUUGGUCAGUUCUUUGAUUAAAGCAUUAAGCAAAUUCUUACCUAAACCUAAAUGA